CCUCCUCCUCUUCCUCCUCCUGCUCCUCCUCGUCCUCGUCGGGCUCUCCGGACCCAGGAUGGCGGCGGCCCCCACCCAGAUCGAAGCCGAGCUGUACUACCUGAUCGCCCGCUUCCUGCAGUCCGGACCCUGCAACAAAUCGGCCCAGGUGCUGGUGGAGGAGCUGGAGGAGCACCAGCUGAUCCCUCGCCGCCUGGACUGGGAGGGCAAGGAGCACCGGCGCAGCUUCCACGACCUGGUGGCGGCCAACGCCCACAUCCCCCCGAACUACCUCCUGAAGAUCUGCGAGCGGGUCGGCCCGCUGCUGGAGAGAGAGAUCCCGCAGAGCGUGCCCGGGAUCCAGACGCUGCUGGGCGGGGGCCGCCAGUCUCUGCUGCGGGCGGCAAAAGAUUGUCGCCACACGCUGUGGAACGGCUCGGCCUUCGCCGCCCUGCACCGGGGAAGACCUCCGGAGCUGCCCGCCAACUACGUGAAGCCUCCAAAUGUGGUGAACAUCACCUCGGCCCGACAGCUGACGGGAUGCGGCCGUUUCACCCACGUGUUCCCCACGUCCGCCUACCAGCACAUGAAGAUGCACAAGCGGAUCCUGGGUCACCUAUCGUCCGUCUACUGCGUGGCGUUCGACCGGAGCGGGAGGCGCGUCUUUACCGGUUCCGACGACUGCCUGGUCAAGAUAUGGGCCACGGACGACGGGCGUCUGCUGUCCACGCUGCGGGGCCACUCGGCCGAGAUCUCGGACCUGGCGGUCAGCUACGAGAACACGCUUCUCGCCGCGGGCAGCUGCGACAAGGUGGUCAGGGUGUGGUGCCUCCGGACCUGUGCGCCGGUGGCGGUGCUGCAGGGCCACGCCGCUUCCAUCACCUCCAUCCAGUUUUGCCCAGCGAGGAAAGGCACAACGCGGUACCUCACGUCCACCGGUGCCGACGGAACCAUCUGCUUCUGGCAGUGGCACGCCAGCACCAUGAAGUUCAAAGACCGGCCCGUGAAGUUUGCUGAGAGAUCCAGGCCCGGCGUUCAGAUCUCCUGCUCAUCCUUCAGUUCCGGCGGCAUGUUCAUCGCGACAGGUAGCACUGACCACGUGAUCCGAAUCUAUUACUUGGGCUCAGAGGCCCCAGAGAAGAUCGCUGAAUUAGAGUCGCACACGGACAAAGUCGUCGCGGUCCAAUUUUGUAACAACGGAGACAGCCUGCGCUUCGUGAGCGGCAGCCGUGACGGGACGGCCCGGAUCUGGCAAUACCAGCAGCAGGAGUGGAGAGGCACGGUCCUCGACAUGGCCACAAAGAUGACCGGGAGCAGCGGGCCGGCCGGGGAGGACAAAGUGACCAAGCUGAAGGUGACCAUGGUGGCGUGGGAUCGCUGCGACGUGACGGUCAUCACCGCGGUCAACAAUUUCCUGCUGAAGGUGUGGCACUCCAGCUCGGGGCAGCUCCUGCACACGCUGUCGGGCCAUGACGACGAGGUGUUCGUCUUGGAAGCGCAUCCCUUCGACCCCAGGAUCCUCCUCUCGGCCGGCCACGAUGGGAACAUCUUCGUCUGGGAUCUGGACAAGGGAACCAAGAUCCGCAAUUACUUUAACAUGAUCGAGGGCCAAGGCCACGGGGCCGUGUUCGACUGUAAGUUCUCUCCAGACGGACAGCAUUUCGCCUGCACGGAUUCUCACGGACACUUGCUGCUCUUCGGUUUUGGGUGCAGUCAAUACUACGAGAAGAUUCCAGACCAGAUGUUCUUCCACACGGACUACCGGCCCCUCAUCCGGGACAGCAACAACUACGUGCUGGACGAGCAGACCCAGCAGGCGCCCCACCUCAUGCCCCCGCCGUUCCUGGUGGACGUGGACGGGAACCCCCACCCCCCGCGCUUCCAGCGGCUCGUGCCCGGCCGCGAGAACUGCAAGGAGGAGCAGCUGAUCCCCCAGCUGGGAUACGUGGCAAAUGGGGACGGGGAGGUGGUGGAGCAGGUGAUCGGUCAGCAGACGAGUGAGCAGGAAGAGAGCAUCCUGGACGGAAUAAUCAGGGAGCUGCAGCGAGAGCAGGAUCUCCGACUGAUUCACGGAGGAGAGACCCUUCCGAACCCUCCCCCCGGCCCGCCCCGACAGGGUUCUGUCAGCAGCGCCCCGCGCGGCCCCACUGGGCCGGACGUGGCAUCGCCCCCCAAUGUGGGCCUCCGGCGCAGCGGCCAGAUCGAGGGCGUCCGGCAGAUGCACCACAACGCACCGCGCAGCCAGAUCGCCACCGAGAGGGACCUCGUGGCUUGGAGUCGACGGGUCGUGGUCAAUGAGCUGAACCCGGGGGUCAGCCGGGUCCAGGAGGAGUGCCGGGCCGCCAAGGGGGACAUAGAAGUGAGUCUGUACACUGUCGAGAAGAAGAGGAAACCUUCUCACGUCACCCAGAGGAGCGAGUACCCGCCUGGCAGCGGGCGCUUCCUGCGUAGAACCCAGCGCAAGCGCCAGCACACGUACCAGACCCGCUCCACCAUCGAGCACAGCCAGCAGGCGGCCGGCCGGAGCCCCGGCGCCCAGGACGACUCGGACAGCUCCUCGGAGGAAGACGAGACGGUGGGCACCAGCGACGUGUCGGUCGACGAAGCCGUGGCCGAGUGGCAGAGCGAGAGCUCCUCCAGUGACUCGUCGAGCGAAUAUUCCGAUUGGACCGCGGACGCGGGCAUUAACCUGCAGCCCCCAAAGAGGCAGACCCGACAGGCGGCCCGCAAGAUCUGCAGCAGCUCCGAGGACGAGAAGGGGAAGGAGCCCAGGUCGCCGGAAGAGAAGCGGAAGAGGCCCAAGGCCACUCGGAGAAAGAAGCCGGGCGGGCUGCUGUCAGCUGAAGGAGAGGGGGGUCCCCGCGAGGACUGGUUUGCACCCCAGUGGAUCCUGGACACCAUCCCGCGCCGCUCCCCCUUCGUGCCGCAGAUGGGUGAUGAGCUCAUCUAUUUCAGGCAAGGCCACGAAGCUUACGUACGGGCGGUCAGGAAGGCCAAGAUCUACAGCGUGAACCUGCAGAAGCAGCCGUGGAACAAAAUGGAUCUCAGGGAACAAGAGUUGGUGAAGACUGUGGGCAUCAAAUACGAGGUGGGGCCGCCCACUCUCUGCUGCCUGAAAUUGGCCUUCCUCGAGCCGACCUCAGGCAAGAUGACCGGAGAGGCUUUCUCCAUCAAGUACCACGAUAUGCCGGACGUCAUUGACUUCCUCGUGCUGCAUCAGUUCUAUAACGAGGAAGAACGGAACUGGCAGAUUGGGGAUCGUUUUCGCAGUAUAAUAGACGAUGCCUGGUGGUUCGGGGACGUGGAGAGCCAGCAACCUUUCCAGCCGGAGUAUCCUGACAGCUCCCUCCAGUGCUACAGCGUGCACUGGGACAACAACGAGAGAGAGAAGAUGAGCCCGUGGGACAUGGAGCCGAUUCCAGAAGGAACGGCCUUUCCCGAGGAAGUGGGGGCCAGCGUCCCGGUGUCUCCAGAGGAGCUGACGGCCCUGCUGUACCAACCGCAGGAGGGGGAGUGGGGUGCCCGCUCCCGAGAUGAGGAGUGCCAGCGCGUCAUCCGGGGCAUCGGUCACCUGCUCACCCUGGAUUUUGCCAGCCCCUUCGCCGUCCCCGUGGACCUGAGCGCUUACCCGCUGUAUUGCACUGUGGUCGCGUACCCCACCGACCACACCAUCAGGAGGAGACUGGAAAACCGCUUCUACCGGAGGAUCUCUGCGUUGAUGUGGGAGGUGCGCUACAUUGAGCAUAACGCUCGGACCUUCAACGAGCCCAACAGCCCGAUCGUCAAAGCCGCCAAAAUCGUCACCGACGUCCUGCUCCGCUUCAUCGGGGACCAGAGCUGUUCGGACAUCUGGACACGUACUAACAAGGUGAAGGCCGAAGUUCACUCCCGAAGGGGCCAGCAGCCAGGGCUCGGCGGGCUUCUGGCGUGCGGGGGCUGGGCUGGGGUCGGCGAGGCCGAGCGGCCCGGGCACCCGGGAGGAAGGGACCCCGUGCUUCCAGUUUCGGGAGAUCUGCCCGCCCUAGCCGGGGAUCGGGGACCAAUAGGGGCCGAGAGGGGCUGGCAAGCUGUCCUCGGCCCUCGGGGCGGCGGGGCGGUGGGGGCGCCCGGCAGAGCGGGGGCGGCCGACUGGCAGCCUGGCAGCGGGCAAUUGUCCAGGAGUCUCCUGAGCUCCCAGUCUACGAGCGGGAAGAUUCAGGAGCCGUUCCGGCAUAGCCAGCCGCGGCGGACCGCUUUCUCCCAGCGCAGGUCCCGCUCCUUCCACGCCCGGCGGGCCCGGGGAGCAUCGGGCCUCGCCCUGCCCCGCGACACGGAGCGUCACAGAGGGACGGGUCUGCCCCAGCGCCAGUCCGGGACACGGCCACCGACCCUCCCCUCCAGCCCGCGGUGCCCGGGCCCCCGGGGACCCAGACCGCGUGUGCUAGGGGCACUUGGGCGAUGCCCGGGGCUUGGCGGGGGGCCCACAUCUGGGUGGUCUUCAGGUGACGAUCCCGGGCUGUGUCGACAGGACCUUCGGGACCACCAAGCCGUCACCCCGCCCAUGGACUUCAGCACCGUGAAGCAGACGCUGGAGGCGGGGAAAUACGCCAGCCCCCUGGAGUUCUACAAGGACAUCCGCCUCAUCUUCACCAACUCCAAGGCCUACACGCCAAACAAGAGGUCCAGGAUCUACAGCAUGACCCUGCGGCUGUCGGCCUUGUUUGAAAACCACAUUAAAAACAUCAUUCCCGAGUACAAGGCGGCUCCGCGGGGCCGGGGGCGGAGGAGGCCUCGCUACCGCAAGCGCUGCGCAGCAGCAGCUAGCAGCGGGCGGUGGCGGAGACGGACGGCCGGGGACGGCAGCGACGGCAGCUCCCCGGCCAGCAGUCGGGCGUCCAGCCCGAAGGGAAAGCAGAAGUUCACCAAGGGGCCGCCCAGAACCGCCCAGAGUGCCCCGCUGCCCUUGACCCGGACCAGCUCUUCCGUCUCCUCUCAUGAUGAAGUUUCAGACAUCGCAGAAGAGCCCCCCGCGCACGGCGGGGACCAGGAGAUGGACGUCCCGCCGGCGGCGAACUGGUCCGCCGCCGAUCCGGGGAGAGGGAGAACCCCUCGGGGCAAAGUCACCCCCGUAAAACAAGCUGAGUCCCCCGACGGGCCACUGAGCAACGGGGACGACGGUGGCCUUGGCAGCAGCGGAGGCAGAGAGGCUCGGGCCGGAGUCAAGAGGAAACUGCUCUCGGCAUCCGAGGAGGAGGAGAGCUGCAGGGACGAGGAGGGGGAUGAGGACGAUGACGGGGAGGAUGACGAGGAGGAGGAGGAGGAGGAGGAGGAGGACAGGGAGAAGAAGGAAGUGAGAGAGAAGCCUCACCCUCCCUCAUCGGACAGCGGCGAGUCGGCAUCCAGCUCCGACUCGGACUCCACGUCUCGGACGGACCAGGACUUUGUGGAUGGGGACCACGACUACAGCAAAGCGGCCCCUUCGAGGGCCCGGCGGAAGUUCCGCCUGGACCCGGCCGACGGCAGGAGACCCUGGAAGACGAGAGGAGCCGGCGGCCGGGGCCGCUGGGGCCGCUGGGGCCGCCGCGGCCGGGGGGGCGGGGGCCGGGGCCGAGGGGGCGGGGGCCGGGGCCGGGGCGGGGGGCGGGGCGGCCGGGGCCGGGGCCGGGGGCGAGGCGGCCGGGGGGCCACCCGAGCCAAACGGGCCCGCCUGGCCCCGGACGAGGAGCCGGAGGGCCCGUGGACGGGGCGCGGCGGCCUGGGCGGCGGCCGGCCCCCCGGCAUCAGGACCCGCAACCAAGGCCGGCGGACGGUGCUCUACCACGACGACUCGGACAACGACAGCUUCCUGCCCGCCGCCGACCCGCUGAACCUGGGCACCUCGCGCUCGGGCCGCGUGCGGAAGAUGACCGAGAAAGCCAGGGUGAGCCACCUCAUGGGCUGGAACUGCUGACCCCGGGGGCCGCCCGCCCGCCCGGCGGGGGGACCGGAUGAACGUAAAGGAAUUUCAGUGGCCCCCUUCUACUGCAGGGAUUUUUACCAGGAAAUCUAUCAGGCAAAAAGGUGCUCGCCCUACCCACUCUCCGCCUCUCAUCCCCCCCGCCCCAACUCCCCACGUCGGGGUCACCCGUUCGGAGACUCCAGGCGUCCUCCCGUCAUCUGCCCAAACAAGCCUUACUCAUCGGGCCUUAAAUUAAAUAGAUUCUGUCCGCGUCCACUCUCCUCCCCGCCCCCGCUCUCCCCCCACCUUACCCGACACACUACAGAUCCACUAAGUUCAAAGGAGCUUCCAGCUUCUCGUGAGUAGCGUGACGUUUUCGUGGUGAACGGACCGCCACCCCUCCCCGCCCCCUCGCCUCACCGCCGCCUCCUUCCCCUCGUUGGGUUUUCAUUCUCCAGACGCCGCGCCGCCUCCCGGGGCUUUUAUCGAGUUUCUGCCCUUGAUUCCGAUUCACAGUAAUAAUGACGACUUUUGCACAAUUCACCAAUCCUAAAGGCAGCUAUAAAAUGUUUACAGUUUCUAGAGUGUAAGAAGGAUUUGGAUUAUUUUACUCUUCCCAAGCCAAAACGUCCAUAAAUUAUCCUGAACCGAAGUAUAUUUAUACAACAGGUUUUGGGGG